GCGAAUUGCAGUCAUGACAACUACUUCCACGUUCAGCGGUCUGGACCCCGGUACUCGGAGCAGCUCCAGGGUCCUGAUGCCUCCAGGUGGAGGGUCAAACUUCUCUUUUGGGGUCGGCGAGUCUCAGGCUCAGCCUGUGAGGAAGCACAAGAUGGCUUCUAACAUAUUUGGGGUUGUAGACGAUGAACCAGCACCCACCAAACAAGCACAGGAGACAGGCACUCCUGAUGCAUGUGGUGAAUUGGACUCUGCAGCAGAGUGGACAUGUCAGUCAGAGGACUGCAGCAAUGCCAGUGGGAACAUGGAUGAAAUGGCGAUGCCAGAAACUGAAUCUGGAAAGGAACAAUCUCAAGUAGCUGGAGAACCCGCCCAGCCAGCACAGCCUGCAGCAGCCCCAAGCAGAAGAAACCCUCCUGGGGGUAGAUCCACUCUUGUUCUAGGUUGAAUGUUAUUAUUGUGAACUGUUCCUUCCCUGGAUUUGUCUGUUCCUUCAAUUUGACUCCACAGCUGACUGCACAUAUAUAAGCUCCCUUGUUAUUUAAAGCACUUUGGUCCUGCCAUCUUUUCUACGGACGGUUCUCCAUGUGUGUCCUGGGAUCUACUGGAAGACGCAUGAAUUUCUAGUAGUACUGUUUCUUCUAUUAAUGUUUAUCAUAAUAAAGAAUUUGUCAAUGGU